AUGACAUCCCUAAACCUCGACACUCGAAUCGCAGACUUACCCCGGGACCAAGAGUGGCGCGUCGGCGCAGCAAUCUUCCGGUACCAGGAGAACGCGCACUACACCGUCCUACUUCUAAAGCGUGCAACCGGCUCGUACACAACUGGAUGGUGGAAUACUCCAACGGGCCCAGUUCUAAACACUGAUGAGACCAUCUCCGAUGCCAUGAGGCGCAUCGUCCUCGGCCAGACUGCAAUUGGACUCCAGGGCUACCACACCAUCGAGCAAGUAGAAUCAUUGUCGUGGGGAUCUGAAGAACAGCCCAUAACGAAACUCAACUUUGUGAUCCACGACAAAUCUGACGACAUAGUCGCAAUCCAGCUCAGCGAGUUCUUCGAAUACCAAUGGGUGGAAGAGGAACGUAUUGACUCUCUCUCCAUCCCUGUGGCAAUGCAGGAUGUGAUACGCGCGGGAUUUGAACUACACCGUGAGGGAGCCAUAUGA